CGCGGCAAGCCUCCAUUUCUUUUCCGACGACGUGCCUCUCCAAGCAGCAGCUUUUCUCGUUCUGUUCGUAAAAGACAAAGAAACAUGUCCGACGAAGGAAAACUUUUCGUCGGUGGCCUCAGCUUCGACACCACAGAGCAAUCUCUUGCGGAAGCUUUCUCCAAGUACGGAAACAUCGCUAAAUGUGAUGUCAUCAUGGACAGAGAAACAGGAAGGCCUCGUGGAUUCGGCUUUGUGAAGUACGACAAUGCCGAGGAUGCUAAGGACGCAAUGGAGGGAAUGAACGGUCAGUCUCUUGACGGCAGAACCAUCCGUGUGAAUGAGGCAGGUCAGGGUGGCGGUCGUGGCGGUGGAGGAGGCGGUGGAUUCAGAGGUUCCCGAGGCGGUGGUGGAUAUGGUGGCGGCGGUGGAUAUGGUGGCGGCGGUGGUGGCCGUAGCUAUGGUGGCGAAGACCGGGGCUACGGAGGUGGUGGCGGAUACAGGAGCGGCGGAGGUGGUGGUGGUGGAGGCCGAGGCGGUGGAUACUCCUCCGGCGGUGGCUACAGGGACAAUAAUUAGGGCCUAGGAAGGCUACGGGUACCUCUUGAGGAUCCUACAGGGACAGUUACGACAGCUAUCUAUGCUGUAAACGAGUAACACUCCGAUUCAAUAUCAUUUGGCUGACCCUUCAAGAAAUUUCCGUGUUGACCGAAAGACUUUUGUUGUAAUCUUAGUCCUAUUCUGUGUUUAAGUAUCUAGCUCGAGCAUCUUUACAUUUAGCCACGUGUGUCGGCCAUUGAUUUACAAACCAUGUUCAUGGUCUUGCCCAAUAACAUUCCACCUGGGGGCGAUUUUGUACUUCUGGUCUUUGUAUCAUCAACAUUGAAUAUUAUUUUUUGUUGUCAAUUGUCUUCAGUGCGCCUAUUAAAAUGAUUUGUUGAAAAAAAAAA